GAGCCCCAAGCUGGAGCUAAGCUGAUUUGAUUUGAUACCAUAAGAGUGCACACAAUACUCAUAAUCAUAUUAUAGGACAGCUUUAUGGCAGGGAAAUGUUGAGAUGAAAUGUUUUCAAUGUAUCGUCAUGCGGGUCACUCCUCUCUCUCGUUGUUCUCGUUUCAGUCGUUUUAUGAGUUCUGCUGGCAGCGGUACGCGUCGUCGAUCGAUUGAGUGGUGUGAAUUCCAGCGCAAGCCAGUUAUAAGCUGAACCACCACUCAUACGGGAAGCCAUCAGAGCAGUCAUGGAUUCCAACCAGAGUGCAGUGAUCGCGGCAUUGCGGCACGGCUCAGAGGCGACCUCCGACGGCAAGAGAUCUCGAUCCCUCUCCCAGGGCACAUAUGGAAGCCUCGGCACUGCGGAUGACAUUUUUAUUGCUGUCGAUGCGGUCAGCGAAAGCAGUGAGUCUACCCCACUGCUGGACAAAGCCGCAGCACCUCCCCCAUCUCCCCCAUCGAACCACACAAAAGACUGCCUCAAUUGGCGCUCUGUGGGAUUGCUAGUUAUGUGCGUCUCCGCCCUGGGAUUGGCUGUCUAUUUGCUCUGGAGACAAACCCAACUGCCCGGCCUUGGGUAUCGCCUGAGUCUGAUCGAGCACGAUAUCUGGAGCGAUAUGGACCUGCAUUGCCAGGGAUCACGGCUGUUGGAUCCGUUUGCGGUUGUUUCUGUGUACUUUACCCACACGUCCAGCGCUGCUUGCUCCGACGAUUGCCUGGAGCUGCUACACAGGCUACAGCAGAAGCAUCGCUUGGAGGAGCUGCCCUACAACUUUCUUAUAACCGGCGACUGUCAGGCUUUCGAGGCACGCGGCUGGCAGUAUGAGAGUCACUUUGCAGAGCUCCCCCAGGCCACUUCCCUGGUGGUGGCCUUUGUAGGGGACUUCAGCCAGAGGCCGCCCAGUGACUGCCAGUUGGCGACCGCACAGGCACUGCUCCUGGAGUCCCUCAAGCGACGGAGACUCCACCCGGAAUACAAUCUGUUUGUGGUGGGAAAUGCGGAGGCUGUGCAGCAGGAGCUGCAGCUCUGGCCGCGCUAUGCUGGAAGGAGGAGAAGGAAGGGGAGGGGGGUCGAGUGAGCAGAGUCGAGCAGUUCCAAGUGAUUCCUCUCGUUUAUUGUACGCCAACAAAAAAAGUAUACAAAAGAAGCGCAGGAUGAGUAAAGCGGGGUGCCACCGAAAAGCGAAGCGGGGGCCCUUCAGGAUAUCCCCCGUGCAGAGAGAACAUCCCGAAGGACCGGCAAAGCAAUGCGCUGCGUGAACGGAUGAUGCCUAAGACUAAAACCUAAAACUAGAGCUGGGCGCUGCCCGAGGUGGACCUAUGACCUAGUCGAACUCCAGCUUCCGAAAGCUGCCCUCGAUGGACUCGAUCUGUGACACGAAGUUCGGCCCGGAGCCGGUCUUCUCGGAGUUGAAGCUGCUGCGCCGCUGGAUGCCGCGGUCGGAGAGCAGGAUGCACUUGUCCAGGCCCAGCACCUGGUCCCGCUUGGCGGCCAGCUCCUGCUUCCACAGCUCGAUCAUUUCUCGCAUGGGCAUUGUGCCGCCCAUCUCCAGGGGCAGGCAGCCGGCGUCCACUGCCUUCAUCAGCUCUUUCUCGCUGCCGUAGAUGAUGAGGCGGUUUUUCAUCUUGGAGCUGACGCGAUUCUUCACGAAAUCUAUGAGCCACUUGAGCGUGGAGGGCACGUUGAUCAGGUGGAUCUCCUUGUGACGCAUCGGCAGCGACUGCUCGCCCCACUUGAAGAUGCGAGCAAACUCCGUGGGAUUCCAGUUGGUCACAUGGGCCGUGGAGACGCCGGAGAAAUCGCCCACAUGCGACAGGCCCGUGAUCUGUGUCUCCUGGUCCUCCAUCAGGCACUCGUAGGUCAGGAAGUGGGCCUUCGCCUGGUCGCAGCUGGUGUGCACCUUUGGAUUCAGUCCUUUGGCAUUGAUGAUCACCACCCGCCGGCCGUGCUUGUCCCGCUGCGGCACAGCGAAUAUGUACCCCUGAUCGAUGAGAUCCCCGAGACGUGGCUCCAGGUAGUCCAGAUGGGUGCUCAUGUGCGGGAAGGUGCGUCUGAUAUUGAGGUACUUGAGCAUUGUCUGCUCCGCCAUCGGCACACUAAACUUCUUGGCCCGCAGGAAGCGCAGCAGGAACGUGUCAUCGCAGCGCACAUUCUGCAGAUCCUCGUUCUUCAUCACCCAAUUCCUGAGCUGCUCCAGGCUCUGUUCCCGCGUGCAACGGUCCUCGCGCAGCUCCCGCUUGGCGAUCUUCAGCAGCGACUCGGGCAGCCCCAUCACAUUGGUCUCUCCUUGGUCCUGCACCAUUUUGGUUUCCUUCAUCUCGUUCCGACUGCAGAUGCGACUGAGUGUGUCUACGGAUGUUGAUGCGGUCAGGCUCUGAACAUGGAUUGCGACAGCUGUGAAUAAAAUGUGAAUUAAUAUAAGAAAAUAAUGAUUAAAUUGGAAUUAAUUGAUCAACAAAUUAAUUCCUUCAAACAUAA